AUGGAGAUUUAUGGUGGGGAGAAGUGGCCCGUACGAUUCAUCAAUGCCAGCGAAUUGGAAAUAGCCUCACUACCUGAGCCGGCUCGUCAACGUGAACGUCGUGUAUGUGUACAGAUGAUUGGUGUAGUGGUGGCGCUAACACUUUGUACGGUAUAUCAUGUCCUGCAGUUCGACUUCUCAUUGAAAGAAGAUGAGUAUCCAAUAUUCUGGAUGCGGCGAGUGGCUUUUCCUUUAUUAACGUGCUUCAUGUCAUAUGUGAAUCCGUGGAUGAUGUUCCUAACCUCACGAGAAAUUCGUCAAAAAGUCUUUGCCCAUUACGGACUGAAACACAGAUGUAUGAAGAGUAACAUGUUCGUAGUCAACGAACAAGAACCCACAAUCGUAACAUUCGCAGCGCCGCGGAUCAAGCCAAUUUCGGAUCAACCGCUGAAGCCGGAAUGA